ACUCCUUAACCUGGGUGAAUCUCACUCCUUCAAACAAAAUAGAACACAGAUCAUAGCAUCAUACUUGGUAAUAUUCUGAUUUGGGCGAGAAACAAGGAUUAACUCACCGUCACGGAACAAAAACAAAGUCUUAGAAGCGUUGAGCUUCUUCCUCACCCAAAGUCCAAAUGGAUAGGGACUGUAGCCGCUGAAGGAUGAGAUACCCAUCCUUUAUUGCUUGCGACUAAUACUUCUCCGUGCGACGUGUCAAGAGUUCUGCACAGGUGAUCACCGGUAUGACGUCUCUCAAUCCUCGCUCCACUCAACAACCAUGCCCCCUUUGGCCUUUUCCUAAAUUUAUCGCGCCCUUCUCCUGUAUAUAAGCUCCCAAGCUGACCCUUUGCUUUUUCAUUGACAAUUUUUGGUGCAGAAAUCAAGGCAAACCCGAAAACCCCUUCCUUGAAAGCUCUGAACUUUGGCUCCUAGUGCAAGAAGAAGUUUGCUGGUUGAAUUGCUGGGAUUAUUGUUUGAUCUUCAGCAGAAGCACCGUCUCAAAGUUCCUUUUUCAUUAACGGGAUUGCAUUCAACAGAGUACUUUGCGAUGGACGUGAAAAGGAUAUCCUGGGUAGGAAAUGUAUACCAGAAGUUUGAAGCUAUGUGUUUGGAGAUUGAGGACGUCGUGUAUAAGGACACUAUAGACUAUGUUGAAAAUCAAGUGCAAACCGUGGGACAAAGUGUGAAGAAAUUUUGUUCAGAAAUGAUGCAUGAUUUGCAUCCCGAGUCUGGCACUGAUCCGGUUACUGUUGCUGCUGCUGCCGACUUUUCUGUGAAUCCUUAUGCUUAUCUCGAGAUUGAGAAAAAGGGAAAAAAGGAAAAAAAGGAAAAACGUGAAAACUACAGACGUAAAGAUGUGAAUACCACAGACGAUGCUCAGGUCAUCAAGGGGAGAAGCAAACCUGAUGGGCUAUAUAAACGCCGAAGUGUUGGCAUUAGAAAGACCGAAGGCAACCAUUUUCCACUAAUGGUGCCUUCACCUGUGGCUGGUGAGUCUUGGGAGAGGAAUAGUAGGAACUCUUCAGUCUGUGAAUUAAGAGAAAGAGUGGAGGACACAUGCGAUCAUAUAGAAGAUACAAAUGUGAACAGAACGUGUUUCUCUAUAGAGAAUGUUGUGUCUGAUGAGGCAUUGCUAGAUGGAUCAGCUGGGCAGAGGCAAGAAGAUCCUGAAUGCACUACCACUUUUGAUGGAUCAUCGUCUAGAUCAAGUGGUACAGAACAAGCACAUAUGACAACUUGCCCAAUUUCUCGUACAGGUGGUGCCAAUACAAUCAACUGUGGAUCUGCAGAGAGAUCAGAUAAGCAUGACGGUGAUGCAGUGGAGGCAUUUAAUGUGCUUGAUCAAGAAGCGGAAGAAAUCGAGCAAGAAGCUGAAGUAGCGGAUCAAGAUAUGGAGGAGACAUGUGUAUGGGUUGAAGGGGAUGGACUUCAUAUUCCCCAUGGUCCUGUCAAACCCAAAUCAUAUAAGAAAAAAAUCCGUGAAGCAUUCUCGUCGAAAGCGAGAUUAACAAUGAAGGAGUAUCAGAAGCUGGCAGCAAAAUAUGAAGAGCAGGCUGCAGAAAGAGUAGAUGGUGGAGAAAAUGCCCCACCUGUGUUGGUGAGAAUGAAGGCAAGCGCUGAUGUUUUACCAUCAGCUAGCAGUGACUUCCCUGACUCUGAGUGGGAGCUUCUCUAGUUGCAAUGCUUGCCUGCAGCUAGCAAUAAAAAUUUUCAUUUCAUAGAUCAAUGUAUAUAUAUACCUUAUAUAUAUUUAUAUUUGUAGAGAAAGUACAAUAGCGAAGCAGUUUAAAAAGUUUUAUAUGAUAAUGAUUAUUAGUAUA